AUGUCUGACAGGCCUUCCACAUGGUCAAAACUUCGCUCCUGGCGACACCGUGGUGAGAAGGGCAAGGCAAAGGCCAAGAAAACCGAUGAUAGUCUCGCAAUCCACGGUUCGCGCGCGGGCCGUCCCAGCGUACAUAAUCAAGUAUCGACGGCGCCCACAGGGAACACUAGUACCGCUUCGCCAUCUCCCACCCAGCAAGCCCCGGAGCCUUCGAGCAAUCAAGCACACGGACAGUCGAAUCAACCGAAGCCCUAUGCUGACAACUACGACCUGUGGGAUGAAGCUCUUGAUUCAUUGGAGGAGGAUGACAGAUCCGCCGUCAAAAUGAUGCUGAAAGACUGGGAUCAAGGCAGUCCCAAAAGGAAAGAUUUGGUAGCGGAGAUCCAAGCGACGAUGGAUGGGGCACUGAAAAGCAAGCAUCACGACCGGACGACAUCUAUUGGCAAAUUGUUGUCAGUUUUGAACAACUUCCUCUCCGCCGGAGAUGUCGCUGUCAGCUUUGACCCUACUCAUGCUGCCCUGCCAUGGGCUGCUGUUCGCUGUGUUAUCGUGAUUUUCACCGCACACAAUGAGCUAAAAGGGGUCAUUCUCACUGGAAUGGCUGAGGUCACUUCGCUUCUUGUGCGAUGUGACAUGUAUCAACUAUUAUACAUGGCCCCAGAUCCCGCUCUCCGCCCACCCGACGACGUCUUGGCCAAACUGAGAACAUGCAUCGUCCAGACCUAUGCUGGACUGCAGUCAUUCUUCGCUUUCGUGGAACGCCAGCAGACGAAUUUUAAGAUUGACAGUGUAUUCAAGCUUGAGGAUGCACGAGCUCAUAUUGACAAGCUCUCUGGAAGUCAAAAGCAAUUACUACAAGUUGCAGACGACUGUGAGAAAUCCUGCGAUCUGUCAAGCCGAUCUGAUCUCAAAGAGCUUCUUGGUCUAUCGUCGGAGAUUCCUUUCAUCCGGCAGCAGGUAGAUAUGGUUCUGGAACGAAUCGAUGCCAGAGAUGAGCUCGAGAUUCUAGAAUGGAUUUCACCUAUACCAUAUGGAACACAUCACAGUGUCAGAGUGGAAUCUCGCACUCCUGACACAUGUGAGUGGUUGAUACAAACCAAAGAAUUUUGUGAAUGGAUGGACUACGGGUCAUCGGCAAUUCUACGGCUUCAAGGCUCAAUGGGAGCUGGGAAAACAUAUCUCACCUCAAAAGUCAUCGACCACGUUCGAGGUCUGCUUGAAAGCUCAUCGGAUCAUGCGGGCUUUGCGUUUUUCUACUGCAAUCGAAAUGAAGAAAAUCGAAGAGAGCCUCUUUACAUUCUCCAAAGCUAUGUUCGUCAACUCUCAAACGCUGUUGGAAGUACUGAGCAUAUACGAAAAAGGCUCAAGACCAUCAGCAAGCAAACAAGACGCCAAGCAUCUCACUUGGGCCUCGAGGCAUGCAAAACCCAGUUGAUGGAAUCAAUCAAUGAGUACUCUCAGACCGUCAUUAUUCUUGAUGCCCUGGACGAAUGUGAUGAUUACUCACGCUGGCAACUCACUGAUGUGAUAAGGGACUUGGUAUCCAAAUCUAAUCAGUCGGUUAAAGUUUUUAUCUCAAGUCGACCCGAGAACGACAUCAACACACAGUUCUCUGGUAAGAAUAUUAUAAUACAGGCAAUCAACAAUCAGAGUGAUAUUGAAAAAUUUGUCAAUGCCGAAAUAGAUAAGCCUAGGAAAUGGGGGCCAAUAUCCGCAGACCUACGGAGCAUAAUCGUUCAGGUCCUCUGUCAAAACAGCCAGGGCAUGUUCCAAUGGGCGUACCUCCAAAUUAAACAGGUGCUUGGAUUGUCAACCACGGCAGACAUCAAGACCAGGCUUGGUAAGCUUCCGAAGGAUCUUGAAGCAGCAUACGAGGAGAUCUACAGCGAAAUCGUGAACGAGCCGCGGAGAAAGGCUCUUGUGGACCGCGCGUGCAAGUGGGUGAUGGGUUCCUGCACACCUCUCACCAGCGACGAGCUUUUAUCUGCAGUUCACAUUGAUGCCGACGGAUCUUCAAUCAAGUCUGAGGAGCGGUUUAACGAAUCAGAACUGUUGGAUCGAUGCAAUAACCUACUUGUUAUCGAUCCCCAAACCCAUCUUUGGAGAUUGUCUCACUUGUCAGAGCUUCAUGCCCAUGCUGCCAAGGUGUGUCUCAAGCUUCUGAUUGAGAUAUACAAGAUCCCGACCUGCAAAAGCGGCAUGGAAGGUUCAGAUCGCAUGUCCAACAUUGAAUCACCGAAUGAGCCGAGCCUUAUCCAUCCCAUGAAAGAAUAUGUGCGACAUCACUGGGUGAGGCAUGUUAAAGCCUAUGAAAACCAUAUCACCGAGGAAGGACAAGAAGCAGACCCCUGGUUGGCCAAUCUUUUGAAGAAAUUUCUUGGUUCUCCUGGCAAGAGCAGUUUCCAAUAUCGCGUCUGGUAUCGCAGCCUUCCGCCACCUGUGAGAAGCUACACCCCAAGAUCGAGCUUCUUGCGUUGGGUCCCCAAGAUUGAGAUCUCGCCAGAGGUUGUCACAAUUUGCGCUAUGUGUCGCUUCUCGUUUUACGCCCUCUUAAAGGACUGGUGGAACAACGCAGAGGAUACGUUUUCGCAAAUAAAUGAUCGAGGAGCGACUACCCUGCAGCUUGCUGCCAAAGGAGGUUCAAAACAUAUCUGCGAGAUACUCAUCAAACAAGCGAAAGCAAUUCAUCCCAUCUUACCGCUUGAUUUUUAUGGAGAAGCUCUUUCAGCUGCCAUAUCUCAGGGAAAUGCAAAUAUUGUUACGACUCUUAUCGACAAUGGAGCCGACGUGAACUUCCCGUUACGUGGAAGGGCGAACACGAGUGCUCUCGCUGCUGCCGCUAGUGGAGGGAAAAGGGAUAUCGUCAAAAUCCUCAUCAAAAACGGGGCCGACGUGAACUGCUCAUCGCCAGAUAAAGGUUGGAGUGCCCUCGGUGUUGCUGCUGAUGGGGGAAAUAUAAAGAUGGCCAAAAUCCUCAUCAAGAAUGGGGCCGAUGUCAAUCUCGUGUUACAGGGUGGAAGCUACGGGAGUAUCCUCGCUAUUGCUGCUGCCGCUCGUACUGGGGAAAAAGGGACAGAGAUGGUUCAAUUUUUGAUCAAGAAUGGAGCUGACGUGAAUCUCCCGUUAGCGGUUGGACAUUAUGGGAGUGCCCUUGCUGCUGCUGUCGCUUCUUCGGCAGGGCGGGCAGAGACUAUCAACAUUCUCAUUGAGAGUGGAGCUGACGUGAAUCUUCCAUUGGCAGCGGGGCAGUAUGGGAGUGCCCUUGCUGCUGCUGCUGAAGGAGAAAGAGUCAAGUUAGUCAAGACUCUUAUUGAGAAUGGGGCCGACGUCAACCUCCUGUUAUCAGGUGGGAGGUACGGAAGUGCCCUGGCUGCUGCUGCUGCUUCUUUGAACGGAGGUGCAGAAACUGUCAAUGUUCUGAUUGAGAAUGGAGCUGACGUGAAUCUACCGUUGGUGGCUGGAAAGUAUGGGAGUGCCCUUGCUGCUGCUGCUUGUAGCGGAUACACGGAGAUAGUUAGGGUUCUUCUUGAAAAUGGGGCUGAUGUGAAUCAGCUGUUGCCCUGUGGAAGAUAUGGCAGUGCCCUUGUUGCUGCUAUUGGUGGCGACAGUGCAGAUAUUAUCAGGGUUCUCAAGGACAGUGGAGAGGUCGUCAGGAUUCUCAUUGAAAAUGGGGCUGACGUGAACUUACCGCUGUUGGUUGGACAGUAUGGUAGUGCCCUUGCCGCUGCUGCUUAUCGGGGACAGGUAGAGACAGUGAAAAGUCUUAUUGGGCAUGGGGCUGACGUGAAUCUCUUAUUACCGGGUGGAAGAUAUGGGAGUGCCCUGGCUGCUGCUGCGGCUGCUAUUUCUGAGAGAGAGAUAGAGACUGAUGAGAGUCUGAGUGAGAGUGAUGCCGAUAUGAACUCCCUUUUUGCAGAUAGCUUCACCUCCAUUGAUGCUGCCACUGCUGGUUUGAGGGAGGUAGAGAUCAUUCAGAUUCUCAUCGACAAUGGGGCCGAAGUGAACCUUCCGUUGUUGAGUGGAAGAUAUGGGAGUGCACUCGCUGCUGCUGCUGGACAUGAAGAGGUUGUGAAGAUACUUUUGGAUAACGGAGCUAUCCCUGAUCUUUUUCGUCGAUUUGAGACCAAAGGGGCGCCCUAUCCCAGUAUUUGUGUUCUCUUCGAUCAGUGUACUCCAUUUGCAAUUGUCACUGCACUGUGGAACAAUAGAUGCGAGAUUUUCUAG